AUGCGCUCCGACAAGCCGCGCGACCCGGUGGCCGGCCCCGACGAGGGCCCCGAAGCUCCCUAUCCCGUGCGACUAUCAGGACCUGUGAUCAAGGGAUUCGGACGUGGAAGCAAAGAUCUCGGAAUUCCCACUGCGAACAUCCCCGCCGACGACUUAUCAGAGAAGCACCCAGAGCUGACAACUGGCGUGUACUAUGGCGUCGUUGCGCUGGAUCCUAAGACAUAUCAGCAUGAUUCAUCGUCGGAUACCUCUGCGGUGAUACUACCUGCCGUACUGAGCAUCGGAUACAACCCAUUUUAUAAGAAUACCGUGCGCUCAGUGGAAAUCCACAUCAUGCCCGCUCUCACAGAACCCUCUCCUACCGCCGCAGCACAGGAUGGGCAGACUCAGUUCAACCGACUUCCUGAUUUCUAUACGACAAAACUCAAUUUGCUAAUUCUCGGUUAUAUCCGGCCAGAGUUUGACUACGUUUCGUUGGAAGCUCUGGUGGAAGAUAUCCGGGUGGACUGUGAAGUUGCACGCGAGAGCUUGAUGCGUGAAGCUUAUAGGGCGUACUUUUUCGAGAAUAAAGCAUCGACAUCAAAAGUGGGCGAAGACCGUGCGUGGUUGGUCAGUUUCGAAUGA